AUGCAGAUGUCAGGCCAGAUGGUCCCAUUCCUGGACCAGCCGGUCAUGCUACACUCAAAUCGGGAUCCGGGAACCUGCACCAUGACACCGGCCCAAUGCGCGUUUAAGACUUCAUACUGGGUAUUCUGGUAUGAGGCAGAUCACCGUUACGCUCUACCAACGGUGGCAUUCUUUCUAGUUGCCAUUAUCUUUUUCACAAUCUCUCGCGCGGUAUCCUAUGCCACACCUCAGCGAGUAAAACGCAAAUCGAUCUGGUCACGACUCGUGGCCGCACUGCGAUUCCUUUCUUACAAGAGCUGGCAAAUUCGCGGGUGGAACAGUCAUUCCCUGGGAAUGUACUUGCUUGCCGCUGCCGGUGCGGUGUUCUUCCUUGCCAUGACCCUCGGACCCCGUCCUUAUUACUGGCCAAAUACAAAAGAAAUCAGCUAUGGAUCAUCUCCACCUAUUGCUACCCGUGCCGGGUUUCUGGCUUUGGCAUGUAUGCCCUUCCUAAUUAUUCUAGGUGCCAAGGCAAACCCUAUCACUGCUUUGACUGGAAUCUCUCAUGAAAAGUUGAAUAUCUGGCAUAAUUGGGUUGCUUGGGCGAUGUUCGUCCUUGCUCUGGUCCAUACCUUCCCAUUCAUCGUUUUUCAUGCUUGGAAAGGUGACUUGAUGGCUUCGUGGAUGGAAGGCGGAGUGUGGGUUACAGGUGUUGUCGCCAUAAUAGCUCAGGCCUGGUUGACCUUCAUGUCAAUCCCGUGGAUUCGAAACCGGUACUAUGAGUUCUUCAAAUCGACCCACCUUUUUAUGGCACUCGUCUUCGUCAUAUUCUUCUUCCUCCACUGCGACUUCCGCAUGUCCUCCUGGGACUAUUUUAUUGCAACGGCAGUAAUCUACACUCUCUGCCUCCUCUACUCGCAAUGCAGAACCUACUUUGAGCAUGGAUUCAACCACAAAGCCAGCCUCAUCGCCGAAACAAAUGAUACCCUCCGAGUAAUCAUCGACACAAAAAUGACCUGGGCUCCAGGCCAACACAUGUUCAUUCGCUUUUUGACUUGCGACGCGCAUGGAUUCACAGCGCAUCCAUUCACCAUAUGCUCCGUGCCCCGCGGAAACAAACAAAACCACCUCGUCUUCUAUGUCAAGCAGCGCGGUGGACUGACAGGCCGACUCAUGAAGAUGGCCCAGAAGUCCCCGGGAGUUAAGAUUCCCGUCUUGCUAGAUGGUCCUUACGGCGGAAUCCCCAAUAACCAUCUCCCGAAAUUUGACAAGAAUCUUAUUAUUGGAGGCGGCGCUGGCGCCGGCUUCACUCUUUCUAUGCUAGAGGACUUCGUCCACCUGUCUGGGUAUGAAGACUACAACGCCGAAAUGAAACUUGUUGUCGCAACACGCGAUCCGGGGAUGCGAGCAUGGUUCACGCAGGCCGUGGAAGACAUCGCAGUGAGACACUCCCGAUCAAGUGUGAUACCAGGUUUAUCAAUCCACAUUCAUGAAACGCAUGAUCAGCACGGCUCGGAAACUGCUUUGGAUACUGUUUUGCAACACCCCAAACUGGACGAAAAGACACAGGAUACUGCCCAGGAGCGCAGCACCACAGCUGAAAUAUUUGGGAUACGGUUCUUCACCGGUCGUCCUGAUUUACCGGCUUUGACAAGAGGGUUUGCGGGUCAGAGUGGUGCUUCUGUUGCAGUUGUGGUUUGUGGUCCUGCUUCUAUGAAUCAUGAUGUUAGCGAGGCUGCUGCUGAGGCACAGUGUAAUAUUCUUGCUGGGAAGGGGGGUUUUGCAAGGGAAGUUUGGCUUCAUACUGAAAGUUUCUCGUGA